GUGCGGAAGGGACUUGAACGGGAGGAAAGCGCAAAUCGCUCGCCGGUUGUACAGGUGCAACGGGGAGAGAAGAGGUGAAACUUAGGAGGGGAGGUGUUCCAAUCGUGUGCGUGCUCAGAGCCAGUAAUUGUUUGUUGUUUCAGUUUUUUCAAGUACUUGUUGAUUGCGGACGCAUUCUGUUCAGAAGCACGACUAAGGGGUGAAGACGCCGACCGACGCCACGUGUAAGCACGUAGUACUACGACUCUGUGAGUUGUUGAAAGAAGAGAGGUUGUACAAGGGGAAGCGUUGGUGGAAUCACGCAGAAAAGUCUGUCUCGUCCCUCUGGUCUAAUCUCCCGUUCGCAAGGCGCAGGGGAAGAUUGAUUGAUUGAUUGGUACAGGAGCAAGGCAACGUAUUGUUUUUUUUUGUGAGUUAAGAAGCUUUUUUUUUUUCAAAUUGUGGUUUUUAAAAAGGCCGUGCAAGGAGGUCGAGAUGUCUGGAGCAACGCCAUCCUUCGGGAGCUGGCAAGUCGGACCCGACCCUGCGCUUGCGCCUCGUCUGGCUGCCGCUCCUGUUGCCGGUCGGCCGUUGGCGCGCGGAGUCACUCGCUCUACUUCUCUCAUCAAGUCGCAGAAGCUCUACGCAGAGCGGGAUGAGGAUACCAGCUCGUUGCCAUUUGGCUGGGCUUGGGGCCGACGAUGGCGGCGCAGGUACUUCGUGUGGUACAUGUCGGAUCCAGAGCUGGAGUUCGAGGAGUUCGGGCAGGAGCCGACGGUAACCGGCGGGACGCGAUGGGAAUACGGCGCAUCGGCGCGCAAGCACUUCCGCGCGCCGGGAUGGGCGGCGAAGUGGCUCGCGGCGGUGUUCAAGCUGGUGCUGGACGUUAACGAUCUGGCUAACUGGGCUGUCGUAGCGCUCUUUGGCGUGGUCUUGGUGGCAUUCCCGAGUCUGCUUACGCUGUCCGAGGACGGGCUUCUCUAUUGGCUGUCAUGGGCGGCGCUGGCGCAAUCCGUGGUGUCGAUUCUGUGCAAUUACUCGCGGAGAUCGAGAGAGGGCCGCGGUGCUCCCGACAUUCCCUGCGCCUAUUGGCUCGCUAAUCCCCCGAGAGAGGGACUGGUGUCGGACCUCCGCCAUCGCUACAUCAUGCAGCUGUUUCCAGACACCUGGGAGCUGGUGCAGUAUGCGGCGAAAGGCGGUGUCGGCUUUCUACUGCUGCUGAACAUCGACGACGACGUCCGCAAGCUCGCUGACCUCCCCCUCUUGACGUCAAACGGAGAGCCUACCGGUAGCAGCAGCACACACAUCACAAAGCGGUUGAAGGAAGCUCUGUACGCUGGCGCUGCCAUACUUAUCUUCCAGCUGUGCGCCGGUGUGUUCUACUGUAUUAUGCAUUUCGUGAAGGAGUGGAGCCCAGGGAUUCGAGCGUUCAUCUGGCACUUCCGACGGCACGGGUCUCUCCCAGGCUGCCUGGCGUUCGACAGCGAGUUGUGCGGCAUACCGGCGCACUGGUUCAUGAGCGUCCGCGACGUGAAGCUGUGUCUGGCGUGGGCGCUCAACCGACGCCACCAGUGGAAGCUUCGGCACAAGGAGAGCCAGAGGCGGCCGGAAGCGACGCUGUCCGCUGCCGCCGAUGUGUCGGACAAGCUCGUCGAUCGCUACGUGGCUAUGGCCAUCGACUCAUUGUCGAAGACGGCGACGUAUUACGAGGGGCGGCAGGAGAUUCUAGAUAACAGCGGAUUCGAGCUGAUCCUGCUGGCGUUGAAGAGCGGGAUGGACAUUAAGACUCGCACGGCCGCCGCCUCCGUCGUCCAUUCCUUCUUCGUGAACAUCGAACGGCGCGCGUAUGAGGAAGCCAACCGCGGAGUGAAUCUUGAGCAGAAUCUUCCAGGAUUCGGCAGCUCGCGGAUCGCGUGGAACUUUGGCGGGCUCGAGACCGACGCGCGGUUCCGGAUAAUCGGGACGGGAAACGUGUCGACGGCGAUCGACGAGCUGGAGCACCUUACGGCGUACUAUCUGAGAGCGGCGACGGUGAACCUGAUCGAUCUGCUACACUCGUCGGAGACGUCGGCGAAGCAGAAGGAGGAGGCGUCGAGGGCGCUGCUCUCGCUCGUCGUGGCCGUCACGUCCAGUGCCUUCUGCCAGUUCAACGCGCGGCCGAAACACAGAGUUCUUACCUGUCUGCCGCGAUGGCUGCGCGUGACCGCGGCGGAGGAGUUGGACGUUAUGGUGGACGCGAUGGGGCGCGCGCGCCGGCCGUCGGUGAACCAGGACCCAUCGGUGGAGGCAGGCGCGGUGGGCAGGCGGCGACCGUCGAUAACCGAGCGCGACUCGGGGGGGAUAGAGUUCACUGCCGUCGGCGCACGUCGGCCAUCCAUCCCGCCCACGCGACCACUUUUGCCCGGUGGCGGGGAACAGAGCGGUCCUGGCGGCAUCCCGCCGUCCGGUGCCGCAGGCGCGCGCUCCGGGCCCGUGACAGUGGUAGGCGGAGCCGUCGUGCAGCAGCACUUCAGCUCGGAAUCUUGGCCUUGGUCCGCCGUCCUCGCGGCCAUCGCUGAGAACCUUUUCGAGCGCUUGGAAGUCACCGAGCCGAUGCUGGAGCUUCGGGAGCUGGAGCAGGAAGGUCAAGAUUCGACCCAAGAGCUGGAGCGUCUCCGGGAGCGCCUCGGCGCGCGAUUGUCCUGCAUCAGGGUCCUCAUGUACGCGGCCGAGGCGGAGACCAACACGGUGGAGUGCAGAGUCAAUUGCCUGAACGUCCUCAGCGAGCUCACCGCCGAUCGCAAUUGUCGUGAUCUGUUCCUCAAGAAACUCCGCGGCGUCGACAUGCUCCUUCGCCUGGCUUAUCCCGUGGAACAGAAGGAGGAUCGCUACGAAGGGAUAGUUCGUUUGGCUCCUCUUGGGGUCCGGCACGGGACAGUGUUCUUGUGUCUCAACUGCGACGACGACUCGAGAAUCAUAACGGAACACAAUCUCGACACCAUGGAGCGAUACGCGUUCAUCAUCGUCUGCUGCUCGCCGGACUUCCUGCUGAAUCUCCCGACCGCUGGCAUAUUCCUGAGGGUCAUCGAGCUGCUGCACGACGUGACGAUGCGCUGCCGCCGUCUGCCUCGUGCGUUCCUGGCCAAGCUCGGCCGCUCCAGUCCGAUGUUCGACUUCAUGAUGGUGCUGCAGGUGCUGACGGUGCACAUGAACUUCGCUCGCAUUCUCCACGGCCUGCUCUCGAUGCCCGCGAAUCACAACAGAGGUUGGUCUCUGCUCAACGACCACGAAAGGCGGGAGCUGAGGUACUUGCGCGAGAGAGCGGGGGCGCUCGAUCUCUUCGAGAGAAUGUGGAGGCGGCUCUCCGUGGCCCGGCGCAAGGUCAUUCGUCUCAUCCUCUGGUUCCAGUCCAACUUCUCGCAGUUCCUCUCCCGCGACUCCGACAAGGAUUUCAUCAAGCUCUUCAGCGGCGCGCUCGAUCUGCUGGACGUCGAGAGCGUGCAAGUGCCUCAUCCGGGGCUGGUCAGCAACGAGGGCGAUCCCGAAUCCACCAGGAUGCAGAACCUUCUCCACGACGGCUUCAACACGUGGAGGGAGGAGAUCUCUCCGCUUCAGAACUGGCGUUUCCUCCCCGAGAUGUCGUUCAACCUGUGGAAGGCCUGGCGGAAGCUCUACACCCUGCAGUGUCCUGUGCCCAUGACCUUCGACGAGUACCUCAGCGAGCCCAUGCUCUACAACCCGGCGUUGUACUUCGCUUCCCCAGACCCGCGCGACCACACGCGCACCACGCUCUCUCUCGACUGCGUCUACAGUCUGAUCGAGUCGCUCGUCUGGACGCUUGUGGACUCCGACUGCGCGGAGACGCUCUCCACGAUUCCCGCCUCGUCCGCGGCGACGGCGCGCACGCGCGCCCCGCCCGCUGUGGCCGGAGGACACACCUCGUGGCGGUAUUCUGCGCCUUAUCCCACGCUGUCGCCUGACGACUGGGCCGGCUCGUUCAUCAUGGACACAGGCGAUGACGGAAAGCUUGCUGACGAACUGUACAUCAACGAGGAGAGGGUCGUCGAUUACACCAAGGAGAUUUACGCACGCAAGGACGUCCAGAGGAAGAGCGCUACCAUGCUUGUCAAGCUCGCCAAACUCCACGAGAAUCUCCGGAGGCGGAUUGCCUCUAGCUUCACCCUCAAGCAGUACAUCGAGCCGCUCAGAAGCCUCGGGUUCUCGGAAACAGAGGAGCUCUUUGGACUCAUCUCCCAGGCAGCACGUCCUGUAUAAAACAAGGAGAGAAUGAUGCAUGCAUGCAUUGUUCGAUGGGGCGGUCGAUGGGUGAAUCGGUAGGUGGAUGGAUUUGAUUUAUGUACUAGUUGAAAGUUAGCCAUCAGAAAAUAUCCUUAUUAUCAUUUAUUGAUUGAUUGAUUGAUUGAUUGAUUUAUUGAUUGAUUGAUUGCUUGCUUGCUUGAUUGAUUGAUUGCUUGAUUGAUUAGGUAGUUAGUGAGAUCAGAUUGACCGCAGUUUGUUUGCUCUUUCGCUGCGUUUAUUUGCCAGCCAAGAAGCAAGAGAUGAAAGAAGUGAUAUAGGGCGGACGAGCUCGCUCGGGUAGUGCAUGAAGUGGAAGAAGGCUGCUCUGUCCCUUUUCGCAGUUUGGACAUACCUGACCUAGGUUGACAUUUCUCUUCUUCUUCUUCUUCUUCUUCUUCUUCUUCUUUAACGCAAGGCCUACCUUGGUUCAUGUAGGAAGGUACGCACCAUAGCAAGAAAGCCGGAAUGUGAAGUGACGUAUAUAUAUUUCUCCUAUACCAUCCCUGAACUAGUCGUGGAGAGGACGAGGAGGUUACUAGAUGGACGGACGUAGCUGCUGCACCUGCCAACCCGUUCCUGAUUAUGGACCUGUCGAGUUGUUCGACCGGAUAGGCUUAAGAACAUACUGUUAGGUAAGAUGAUCAAAAUAACUUUAAAUAAGGCAGACAUUUAGGGCGCACAGAUCGGGCAACUGAGGUUGCGGUAGGAUUGACAUUUCAAACGUAAUCUGGUAUGGGAAACUGUAGUUAAACUGUUAAAAGACAUCAGCUUUCAUUUCUUUUUUUCAGUACGUGUAUAGAUUACACACACACACACACACACACACACACACACACACACACACACACACUCCUCAUCCCCGUGCGACGGGGAAGGCUCUCACACCCACACCCACAUAAAAAGAGAGAGAGAGAGAGAGAGAGAGAGAGAGAGAGAGAGAGAGAGAGAGAGAGAGAGAGAGAGAGGUUGAAGAAUGAUUUCAGUAAGGUUAGCAAAGGCCUUAAGCAUUUAUUUUAUAGAUAGAAUAGAAUUAUGGAAGAACCGGUUAAGAGUCUGUAGACCCUAGUUCUGUUACAUGGGUCUGUCUUAUCAAUACGAUUCGGUUUAAUUAACUGCGGUUAAGAGUCUAUAGACCCUAGUGCUAUAGACCUUAGUUCUGUUUUCGCAGCUCGUGUAGAUAUAUGCGAUGCGUAUAUGUGAGGUAAUAAGUUAUACGUAGUAGAUUUUUUUCUUUUCUUUUGUACAAACCGGUUGUAGACAUUGGGCAUCGCUGCACUACUCUCGACAUGCACAAAAGACAAAAAUCAUGGCGGUGUAUCUUUCCAUGUUUCUAGCGAAGAUUCACUCUCGUUUUGCACAUUUCGAGAGUAGUGCAGCGAGGCCCAUUGGUAAGUGAUUGGUUUAUAUAUUUGGUGGUUGUUUUGAUCAAAUGGCGACGGUGGUAUUGAUUACUUACUUAUUUUCACGGUUAUUUAUACUACCAGGAGGUGCCACCUGAUAAGCAAGGAAAGGCGGGAAGGAGGCUUAAUGAUCGACAGGCGAAGGGAGGGGGGGAUCUCCACUCCAGGCCCUGAAGGGGUCAUCUGCAUGCCCGGGUCUUGCUGCUAAGUUGCUAGCGCAGUGGGAUUUUUUUUUGUGGUAGGUUUAAUUAUAGUGAAACGGACUACCCGAUGGUCGGUGGCACUCCUUUUCAUGAAAGGACGUCCGAAAAACACACUGGUCUUUGAAAGUUGGCCCGCCGGAGACGGUUUGAGAAGGGUGGGCACAGAACAGUCUGUGCGGUGAGGAUCUCCUCAGCCGCAAUAAUAUCUUUCUCUUAAAUUCUUUCGCAAUAAUGAAGCAUGCUGAGCUGC